GAUAAACUUGUAAUUUGAAAAACAAAGAGGGAUUAGAUUCCAAAAAAAAAGUUAGAAACCACGCAAUUUAAAAAGCUCAAAUUUUUAGCUUCAUCAAAAAGUGUAUUUUUAAAUUAAAUCACUACUCCCUGAAAGCACUUUCUUUCAAUACCAAGCACCUCUAAACUUAUUUUUUUAAAUUGAAGGCACUUUUAAAUGCUACAAAAGCAAUUCAGGGGCUAAUGGCCAAACAAAAAGAAAGAAAAAAAAACUACUCUGAAAACAUAUACUCCGUACUCCGUUCUAAUACUCCUAAAUAAAUAAUUUUGAAACAAUCCUAUUUUCACUGAAAUUUCAAACUUUUGGCGCCACAACUCAGAAAUAAUAGAUCUGUCUUUUGGGAGUUCGAACUUUGGAGCAAAGAGAUGAAAUCGAAACUUCCUUCGAUUAGGGUUUCGGGACAGAGCUCUAUUCAUUCAACACUCCUCUUUCGCUCCUCGAAUCGGUCCGUCGAUUGUAAAGAAGAUGUGCAAUGCAAAGCGCCGAAUAAGAACUCACCGGUCUCGCUCUCCGAUUUCCUUGACCGAAAGCUGCAUAAAAGUUCUGUUCUUCCCAAAUCAGUUCAGGGGAAGGAGAGGCCAUUUUUGUCACCAGUGGGAGGUGGGGAUGUAAGUGGGUCGAUUAAAAGUUCUGUUCUUCCCAAAUCAGUUCAGGGGAAGGAGAUGCCAUUUCUGUCACCAGUGGGAGGUGGGGAUGUAAGUGGGUCGAUUAAAGUAGAGUUUGGGGCUAAGAAAAGAGGAGAAAAAGAGGAGAAUUGUGUUUUUGAUGUAGAUUUGGAAAAGCUAAGGCAUACUGGAAAAGGGAAAGAAGAUUGCAUUCAUUCUUGUGCUACUGUUGGGGGUGGAAGCUCUCACACAGAUUAUAUGGAAAAAUCAAGAAAAAUUAAAAACCCAUUUGAAGGUGGUGUUAAGAAACAGUAUACUCGAAAGCCUCUGGUAGUUCUUGGGGAUGAUCCAAAACCCAAACCUAUAAGGAAGAAGGAGAGUUUUACUAGCAACAAGAAACCAAGAAUUCUCUAUAAUCAUUAUGCAAAUGGUAGCGGCUGGUGGGACUGCAAUAUGGAAGGCGUUGACAAUGAAGAAGUAGGCUGCAAUGAAGUAUGGGAAGGGAUUGGCACCACUGCGUUGGGCGGACUGGAGUGGCAUUAACUUAGCUCAUCUUCAGCAACCAUACUUAAGUCCUAGGAAAAUAGCUUUUCAGCUUCUUCUCUUCAUAGCUGUGAUCUAAGUUUUUGAAGUAAGCAAAGGAAAAUUGAUCAUGCCUCCAAAAGUCGACGCAUUUGAUGAAUGACCUCGGCAUCCUAGAUAAGGCCUUCUUGAUUUUGUCAUGGAUAAGUUAUGAGAAUUUGAACCAUGCAACUUGAUCCCUCUGUAUGUAACUAUGUAUUUUUAUGCAUUUGUUGUGGUUGUGUGAAACAAAAUUAUUAGUUCAAUGUCUUCUAGCUUUGUUAUCAUUUUAUGGAGUUAGCUUUAUAGCUUAUAAUAAAUACACUG